AAAAAGCAGUAAAUUAUGAAGAAGUACAUGGCAGUAUGGGGAGCGCUGUUUUUCUGUGUGAUAUGUCUCUCCUUGUACCUGAUGCUGGAAACACUGAAUACAUCACCUGCCAGAUACAAUGACAUUGAUGCUGAGUCUGUGCUAAAUUUUGAGAAGAAAAUAGAUGGUAUAGAGGAAGAUAUAAAGAGGAAUCAGGAGAUUAUCAACCAAAUCAAGUCUGCUGUGAAGGAUGUGUCCAAGGGGGAUGAGGAAAGUCUUGGUAAACUUCAGAAUAUUUUGAAUUCCCAAAACCAGAAAUUACAAGCGAACAAAGAUCAACUUGACAAAUUACAAAAUGCUGACACAGGCAAGAAAACCACACGACUCAAAGAACAGCACGGAGCAAAUGUGGUCCAGAUGGAGCAGCCCAAGGGUCAGAAAACUGCGGGUGCCCCAUUAAGAAAGGAAGUUUCUGUUGCGGAUAAUAUGUGCUCAUGGACCGAAAGCCCUAUGAAGAAACCAGAUAUUGAGAUGGAACAAGUAAUGAAGCAGUUGCCAUUUGACAAUCCAGAUGGUGGGGCCUGGAAACAGGGCUGGAAAGUUGAGUACGUGGCCAACCAUUGGAAUGCUGGGAAUAAACUUAACGUUUUUGUCGUACCUCAUUCUCAUAAUGAUCCAGGCUGGGUAAAAACUUAUGACAGAUAUUAUGAGGACCAGACCAGGCAUAUAUUUAACAACAUGUUGUCCAAGUUAGAACAGUAUCCUAAUUUGAAAUUUAUGUAUGCUGAGAUAUCGUUCUUUCAUAUCUGGUGGAACGAAAUAAAUGAAGACAGGAGAAAAAGAGUGAAAAAGUUAAUUGACGCGGGACGGCUAGAGAUUAUAACUGGAGGCUGGGUAAUGAACGACGAGGCAAACACUCACUACUUUGCCAUGCUUGAUCAACUGUUAGAGGGCCACCAAUGGCUUGAUGGAACUUUAGGUGUGAAGCCCACGGCAGGCUGGGCUAUAGAUCCGUUUGGACACACACCGACCAUGGCGUAUCUGUUACGGAGGUCGGGUCUAAACAACAUGCUCAUUCAGAGGGUGCAUUAUGCUGUCAAGAAAUAUCUCGCUAAAAAUAGAAACCUGGAGUUCAUGUGGAGACAAACCUGGGAUCAUGACGGAAAUACUGACAUGUUUUGUCACAUGAUGCCGUUCUACUCCUACGAUGUACCCCACACGUGCGGCCCCGAGCCAGCUGUAUGCUGCCAGUUUGACUUCCGACGUCUCCCGGGCAGCUCCUACUCAUGUCCUUGGAAAAUUCCGCCACAAGCUAUAAGUGAUGCCAAUGUUGCUCAAAGAGCAAACAUGAUUAUCGACCAAUGGAAGAAGAAGGCAACUUUGUACCGUAGUAAUUCUUUGUUUGCACCACUGGGAGAUGACUUCAGAUAUGACAAAGAAGAUGAAUGGGAUUUGCAGUAUAUAAACUAUCAGAAACUGUUUGAAUACAUAAAUUCACAUCCAGAACUUGGAGUACAGGCUCAGUUUGGUACCCUGUCUGACUACUUCAAUUCAAUAUAUAAAGAAUUUGAUACAAAGCCGGGUCAAAAACCUGAUCCUAUAAAAACAUUGACUGGUGAUUUUUACACAUACGCAGACAAAGAUGAUCAUUAUUGGAGUGGAUAUUUCACAUCUAGACCAUUCCAGAAAAAUCUUGAUAGAGUCAUGGAAAGCCAUUUAAGGGCUGCAGAAAUUCUGUUCUCCUUGGCAACUGCAACUGCUAGACGUAAAGGUCACUUAAACUUACCGCAGACAGUAUUUAUGGAUAAAAUGAUACAAGCGAGGAGAAAUCUGGGACUGUUCCAGCAUCAUGACGGUAUCACUGGAACAGCCAAGGAUUUCGUUGUGGUCGAUUAUGGAAAUAGGCUGCUGAAAUCUUUACAAGAUACAAAAUUGAUAAUUAAGGAAUGUGCCACAUAUUUAACACUUGACACAAAGACAGAAUACAGUUUUAGUGAAAAUGCACCUUGGUUUAAUGUUGAUGAGACAAGAGUAGCUCAUGACUUAUUACCAGAGAAAUCUGUGAUCCAGCUUGGGGAGGAAACUGAUGGGACACCAAGGUAUACCAUAUUUACCCACCUACAAGACUAUCUUAUAAGACGCGAAGCCAUCCACACGGCUAACAGAAAGUUGAUGGUUUUAACCAAGUUCCCCUUUGUGUCAGAAAUAUUGUCUCGAGAGGGGCACAGUAGGUCCAGGCCUGUGAUGUUCUACAACUCUUUUGCUCAGAGCCGAGAGCAAGUGGUGAAGAUUUAUGUUAGUUGUGCAGAUGUUAUUGUGAAGAAUCAGCAAGGUGUGUCUGUACUGAGCCAGGUAGAACCAUACUGGGAUGAGGAGAACACAAUCUCAAAAACCAAAUUUAAGGUUUCAUUUAGACUAACUGUUCCAGCACUUGGUAUUGUAAGGUAUACAGUGCAGAGAGUUGCAGCAAAUUCUAACUCAAUGAAUGUUCCUGUGUCUGUACUGAUAUUCAACUCAGAUAAUUCAGCCACAUUACAGUCGCAUCCAUUUUCAAUAGCCAAAGCAAUGGGUUCAGAUAUCACUUUGGAAAAUCCUUAUCUCAAGGCAACAUUUGCAGGAUCAAAUGGUUUGUUGAAGUCUGUAGUAACAAAAGAGAAUGGUGUGGAACAUUCUACAAAAUUAGAAUUUGUGACGUAUGGAACUAAACCUCAUUCCGGCGAUAGAAGUGGUGCUUACUUGUUCUUACCAGAUGGACCAGCGCGGCCAUAUACUAGUCAAAGUCCACCUGUUGUAAAUAUUAUCCAAGGUCCUAUUGUGUCAGAGGUACACGUAUACUUUGAGUUGGUCACUCAUGUUGUCCGGCUGUAUAAUUCAUCAGGUAUUGAUGGUAUAUCACUGGAUAUGCAGAACAUAGUUGACAUCACAACACAAAGAAAUGUGGAAAUUGCAGUCAGAAUACACACAGACGUCCAGAACAAAGACAAUGAAUUUUACACAGAUUUGAAUGGAUUUCAGAUGCAGAAACAUACGACAUACGACAAGUUGACAGUACAAGGGAACGUUUAUCCCAUGCCGACCAUGGCAUUUAUUGAAGAUGAUAAACAUAGAUUUAGUAUACUCUCUGCUAAUUCCCUCGGCUUCUCAAACUUAAAACCAGGUAUGAUGGACGUGUUUUUGGAUCGGAGAUUAAAUCAAGAUGACAGUCGAGGACUGGGACAGGGUGUUACAGACAGCAAGCAGACCCCUAGUAGAUUUAAACUUCUACUUGAAAAUAGGCAUAAAGGAACAUAUAAUAAAGACCGAGCAACAAAUUUUGCGUCGCUUCUGGGACACCAGACUUCAUUACAGCUCAUCCACCCAGUGUUUGUGAUACCAGCUCAUAACAAACAUUCAUCCUCAUUCCCGAGACAAUCUGACUUUUCUCCUAUGCACAGCGAGCUUCCUUGUGAUGUUCAUUUGUUAAAUUUAAGAACUAUGCAAAAUAAAGACGACGGUCCAGAUAGACUGGUUCCCAAAAGUACGGCAGCCAUGUUCUUUCAUAGACUGGGAAUAGACUGUGGUUUUCCAAAUAAGGGAUUAAUGUGUAAAGGAGCUUCAGGGGAGGUUGUUUUAUCAGGUAUGUUCAAUGAAAUCCUGACAAAUGUUGCUCAACAGGUGUCUUUAACCUUGAUGUACGAGGAACAAGAAUUAGAUACAACAGAGUUACUGGACUUGGAACCGAUGGAAAUAGCGUCAUUUGUAGUGACGCUACAAUAGUGCUACAAUCUAAGUCAUUCCAAAUUGUGUUUAAAUGUGUAAAAAUGUGGUAUAAGUUUGGAAAAUAACCGUUUUUUUAUUACUGUGAUUCAGUGCAGUGUUUUACACGGAAGUGAUUCGAAGACAGCUUUACUAAACAGCGGAGAUUUAAAAAUAUUUGUUGCUUUUUGUUAAAAAUCAUUUUAAGUAACGUGAUGCAAAACAUGACCUGUGGUACAGAAAGGAUUCCACAUUAUAGUAGCUUUGAUCACUACACCAAAGUGACUUGACUCAUGAUUAUAUAACCAGCAGUGAGAAUCUGGGCACAAUUUGUUGGCAUAGAAGCAUAGACAGCUGAUACUGUGACUUUAAUGUGCGACUAAAUUACUGCUGGUACUUCACAGUUGUUACUGGUAUGUUAUAGCGAUAAUGUCAUGGGUGUGUGGUAAAAACGAAGAUGACACAAAACAAGCAAACAUUUGGUGCAUCUUGCCGAGGAUGUAGAUAGCAUUCUUUGGUAUUAUACAGUAAAAUCUGCUUUAGCGGUCACCUUUUGAGGCAGGUGUCGGUCCAUCGAGAAAGAUUUUUCCUAUGCCUAUAGAAGCAUAUACGUGCUUUUUGUGGGUUUUGUGGGCAGUAUUGUGGGAUAGUUGUAAAAUUUGACCCAUUUCAUCUUAGUAAAUUUACAAAGGUGUCUUAAGCAGCCAGUGUCUCAUUUCCAAAAAUGGUCAUUCAUUUAUAAAUUACCUGCAUUAAGCAGCCACCUGCUGUAAGUAGCCACUUUUUCUUCCACUCCCUUGGCUGGCUGCUUAAGACAAGUUUUUCUGUAUUAAAAUGGAAGUAAUAUAUCUAAAACACUGGUUUUCUCUCGAAUAAAAUCAUUGUCAUUCAGAUGCGCAUUAUUAUAUUACUCAGACUACAAUUCUUUUGCAUUUGAACUCUGAUUUUACUCAACAAUAAAAUAACUGUUUACCGUCUAUUUUCGCUUAUAAGACGCAUUUUUAGGGGUCAUAUUUCCAGUUCAAGAGUUUGUAACAUCUUGUAAGCAUGUACUACAAGGAAAUUAAAAGUUAAAAGAAAAGGAAACCCCAGAUUGCAUCUCCAAUGUCGGGUGCGUCUUAUAAGCGAGUGCGUAUUAUAAGUGAAAAUAUAUGGUAGCAGAGGCAACCAUAUCUGUAUUAAGCAGGCAGUCAUGGGAGCAAAAAAAUCUUGCUCCUUAAGACAUGUGACUGCUUAAGAUAAGUUAGAAUUUUAAAAACAUGUCCAGUUUAUGAAAGCUUAACCCUUACCCUGCUAAAUUUCCAAAAUAGACUGGUCUUUAAUUCAAUUUGGCAGUACCAUUUAUUAUUCCAAGGAGUGUUCACUGAACAUUUACAGACUGAAUCUUGGUCUGGUCUGCACUGGUUGCAAAGGCAGAAUCAUUUCCCGCAAGCAGGCUACUAAAAGGUUGAUACAAUUGGCCGUGGCCUCUAGGGCAGGAUCAGCUAUUUUAAUAAGAAGAUACAUUGUUAUGUACCUGUAAUUGUACAUCUUUAUGAUUGUUAAUGUUUAUCAAAGAUAUAAUAGUUAAUACUAUGUUUGUGAUAUGUAAAUAUAUAAUUUAAAUACAAUGUAUAUAAUUUAUGUGGGAAUUACUUUAUGUUGUAGUUAGAAUUGAGGGUUUAUGGUGAACGAUUUUAUGCUUCUAAAGAAAGGCAUAUAGUAAUCACACUGUACAGAUGUUGGUUAGUUUAUUACAGAGUCUGAAACAUAUUUUCUCUCUUAUAUUUAUGAAUACUGUAAAUUGUUUAAUUUUUGUGGAUACAAAAUGUCAUGGUUUUUGUCAAAAUGACUAUUUAUUGGGUUACAAAUUCCAGAAUUUAAACUUUUGAUUAAGAUAUAUGAGAAAUAUACUAAUAAUAAAUUUGUUCCUUGGGACUUAACUUAGAGGAUUGACUCAAUCACAACAUACUCAAAAAUUACUGUAAAAGUAGAAUUUUUUGGGAGGGUUUAAUUUUUUCUAUAUUGGUGAGCCCUACAUUCAUGAAAAAUAAUCCUCACGUAAAUAUUCACCAUUAGUAUAAUUCAAAUUAAAGUAGGAUACCAUUUUAACAAUUUCGAGAAUGUUAAACUUCGCAAACAUACUUAAAAUUUCAAAUUCACGAAAUUUUGACCCAGCAAAAAUAUGUGCUUUUACAGUAGCCUGUCAUAAAAAUUAGUCAUUUCACAUAAUCCGUUUUAAAGUUAAAGUGUGAAGCUAUUUUAAUUGCAGAUUUAAGAUUGGUGGCGUUGUUUUUUUUAUGUUUUGAAAAUUUAUUUUCUAAAUAUAACUAUUUGUUAUUUUUUACAGUCCAGUUGUUUUUAUGUACAUUGUAUUUCAAAAUAUCCAGUCACUAAAACGUUUACUAUGAAAUCAUAAAUUUUUAUGGGGAGUGGGGGUACGGGACUAAAUUUCGUGGUUCAGUCAAUCCUUGGUAUUGAAUACCAACUGACAAGUUAUAUUCCUCUUGAUUUUGUGUUAGAAGUUUGUAGUCCACGAAUUUAUACCCUCAGGAAAUAGCCACUUCAGCAUAAACCACAAAAUGUUUGCCCAGGAAAUGAAAUGACUUUAAUGACAUCACAAUACUGUAAAAGCAGUCAUUUUUAUGAGGGUUUAGUUUUCACUAUGUUCGCAAGGCGCUGCAUCUCAUGGAAAUUAAAUAUUCACCAAUAAUAUAUUAUAAAAAUUCAAGUAGGAUACCAUUUUUACAAUUUCGCAAAUAUCAAACCUUUUGAACAUGCUCAAAAUUUCAAAUAGUCCAUGAAUUCAUAUCCUAGCAAAAUAGCCAAAACCACAAAAUGUUUGCCCACAUAUUGUCAAACCUUGUGACCUCUCUAGAGGCCAUAUUUUUAAUGGGAUCUGUAUGAAAGCUGGCACUUGCAGACGAGUGAUGGCGGUGCUGCUCUCGUCUUAAACCUUAUGUUUGAUUGUGAAUAAUAAAAUGACAGUGCAAAUGCCAAAAUUGUCCCCUUUAAGGAGCAUGCUUCUAGGUUUUUAUCAAAAUUUUCAGAAAUAUAUAUCAUUUGUUAGUUAUUGCAUAAUUAUAAAAACUGAAAAUUGUGUAUUGAAUUUCCUUAUAUUGCCAUGAAAACCAACAGUUAUUCAGAUUUAUGGUUUAUUGACUUUGAUGAAUAUUCAUAAUUUUCUUGUUAAAGUGGAAUUAUGGACAUUUUUUCAAAUAAAAAUCCAGCUGAAAUAGAUGUGUGUGUAAAAAGGGUGGAGGAAAUGAUAGUUUUUAACCCAAUAUACCAAACUCUUCCUGUUACCAGUACGAAAUAAUGACUUUCCUUAUUUUGACUGGGGCAGUCUUUUUAAGAAAAGUCGAACUGCAUGCAGGAGUUGCUUCCCUUCAACUUCAGAAAUCUCUACCUAUAGGUAAGGGAGAACAAUGCGUAGAAGAUUGAAGAAAAAAACUAUUAUUUUAUUGUCCGGUUUCUUUAUUUCUAAAGCAUCAGCUUCAAAUACUUACGCGACAAUAGCUUAAUUUAACACAUUUUAAUGCACAGCAGCCGAAAAUUGCUUUUAUAAAACAUUCACCAAAAACACACUAUGUACAGUCAGAUGCGCAUAAUGCCACUUUAAAGAAAGUACAUUAUGAUAAAUAUCUGGAGGUAUGCUCCUUUUUUUACCGUAUUUACCCAUCUAUAAGACGAUACUUUUAUAAGACGGGUCCCUUUAAUUACUUAAAAGUUUUAUAAAUACUUCAGGGAAAUGACAUUGACUCACUUAUUAGACGGCAAAUACUUAACACUAGAAUUUUAAGGAGAAAUACUUUGUCUUAUAGGCGAGUAUAUAUAGUAUUAUUAUGUCCCUUUUAUUGUAAUCAGUAGGUUAAGGGUAAUUUUUCACUAAUCAGUUAAUUCUGUCUCCCACACCACUGUGGUGGGAGACAUAUUGAUUUACUUCAGUCUGUGUGUCCAUCUGCCACAAAUCAUGUGUUUGCCAAUAAGUCUUCGGCCAAGUUUGAUAAGUAGCCAAAUUGGCCAAGGCUGCCUUUGGAAUUAUGGCCCUAGAAUUACCGAAAAUCGCUAAGGUCUUGGGCCAUAAAUGACUCAUAAUAUACUACUAAUCAUGUGAGUAGUAGUAUAUGAGUAAUCUAUGUCAAAGACCUAAUCAUGUCAGAUGAUUAGGCAUCUGAGGUCCUGGGGCAUGAUUGACUCAUAUACUACUAUGCAGAUGAUUAGGCAGUUGUGGGAGACAUGCGCUUUUUGCAAAAGCAGCUCUAGUUUUCAACUGAAUUUAGAACUGUAUAUUUUCAACCAUAAAUCAUUAUUACUAGUCAUUAAUGACAUAUUAAUAUAUUGUACAUGUAUUAUACUAUUCACUUACUGAAUGACUUGCCGGUCAGUAGUCAAAAUUAUUUGCCUGAGAGCUUAUAGUUUUGACUCUUGCCUGGGAAGCCAUUCAAAAAGUGUGUUAUUGCAUGAGUUGAGAAAUGAAUUAUUGUUGAGCCUGCCUACGGUGAGCUCAACUUAGUCGUCACUUUUGGCGGGUUAAUGUAUGUGUGUGCAUGCUCUCAGCUCAUUUAUCAAAAUAUCUGUGGAGUUUUAAUUCUGAUGUAAUAAGGUACUUAUUGAAUGAUCUGCAGGUCAAUAGUCAAAAUUUUUGACUUGGAAACCAUUGAAUAAGUGUAUAGCAUAUUUAUGUAAAAAGUUCAUGAAUUAUAUAAUUAUUAGAGAUAAUUUUGCUCACCAUAAUUGAUACUUAGUGCUAGUUAUUCGAAGUGUGAUGUAGUUAUUGUUAAUAGUCUCUGUAGUCAUGGCAAGGUACCAAUGCGCAUUAUACAGGGAUAUCUACGGUAUCUCAGUUUCAGCUCAUUUGCCCAUCAUUCCAGUUAUUUACAAAAUAACCCUGUUAAGAGGACUAAGUUUCAAAACCUCCAUAAGGAAUAUAGCAAUAACUUUUUAUGCCCCCACUUGGGGGGGGGGGGCAUAUAGAUUUGCUCUUGUCCUUCCGAAAAUGUUGUGUCGCGCGUAGCUCUGAAAGUAUUUGACGUAGAGUCACAAAACUUUACAGGAAUGUUGGUCAGCAUGUGUAGUUGUGCACCUGGGGUUUCGCGUUCCGGAUUCGUUCAGUCAUGUAGAAGUUAUCGCCCCUGACUUUGUAAUAAUUGGUCAUUUUAGUGUUGUGUCGCGCCUAGCUCCAAAAGUAUAUGACCUAGAGUCACAAAACUUUACAGGAAUGUUGGUCAGCAUGUGUAGUUGUGCACCUGGGGUUUCGCAUCCGGAUUCAUUUAGUCUUGUAGAAGUUAUGGCCCCUGACUUUGUAAAAAUUGGUCAUUUUAGUGUUGUGUCGCGCCUAGCUCCAAAAGUAUUUGACCUAGAGUCACCAAAGUUUACAGGAAUGUUGGUCAGCAUGUGCAGUUGUGCACCUGGGGUUUCGCGUCCGGAUUCAUCCAGUCAUGUAGGAGUUAUGGCCCCUGACUUAGUAAAAAAAUUGGUUAUUUUAAUGUUGUGUCGCACAUAGCUCCAAAAGUAUUUGACCUAGAAUCACCAAAGUUUACAGGAAUGUUGGUCAGCAUAUGCAGUUGUGCACCUGGGGUUUCGCGUCUGGAUUCAUUCAUUCCUGUAGGAGUUAUAGCCACUGACUUAGCUAAAAAUGGGUCAUUUUAAUGUUGUGUCGUGCGUAGCUCCAAAAGUAUUUGACCUAGAGUCACCAAAGUUUACAGGAAUGUUGGUCAGCAUGUGCAGAUGUGCACCUGGGGUUUCGCAUCCGGAUUCAUUCAGUAUUAUAGGAGUUCUGGCCCCUGACCUGGGAAAAAAUUGUCAUUUUAAUGUCAUGUAGUGGGGGCAUCUGUGUCCCAUGGACACAUUUUUUUUUUCUUUUUGGUUAAAUUUCUUUCCUUUGUUGUUCCUGUCCUUUGGACUUAGAUAUUUUUAGGACCUUCUUGUCCUCAAGUGCAAUGAUAACAGGUGAGCGAUAUAGGGCCAUCAUGGCCCUCUUGUUGAUAUAUGAAAAAAAAUUUCUUUUUUUUUGUUGUUGUCUCAUCUGGAGGUCAAUGCCUUUAAUGAAGGAAGUCUGCAUUUUUAGCUCGACUAUUCAAAGAAUAGUCUAGCUAUUCUACUCACCCUGGCGUCGGCGUCACACCUUGUUUAAGUUUUUGCAUGCAAGUACAUACAGCUAUCAUUUAAAGGCAUAUAGCUUUGAAACUUAUUUUUUCUUUUUAUGCCCCCGAAGGGAGGCAUAUUAGUUUUCAACUGUCCGUCCGUUAGUUCGUUCGUUAGUUCGUUCGUUCGUCACAACGUUAACUUUUUGCAUGAAGGCAUUUUACUCGCGAACCACUGCACCCAGGACCUUCAAACUUCACAUGCUGAUAGUACUUAUUGAGUACACGACCCCUACUGACUUUGGGGUCACCAGGUCAUAGGUCAAGGUCACCAGGUCAAAGGUCAAGGGGCUGCGGGGGCAUUUGUCACCAUUAGUGACAGCUCUUGUUUCUUUCAUAAAAACCUCUUCUUGAAGCAUCAAAGAUGCAAUCUAAACCAUAGAAUGUUUUACUGUAUCAUUAACUAACGCCAAAUGCGCUGCCCCCAACAUUGUUCGUACUCGUUUCUUCCCUUGUUUACUCCCCUUUUAGAACUGCGUCAAUUCAGACUUUGUAGACAACCGUGAAAGUUAAAGAAUCGCAUGUUUACCUGUGCGAUUCUUUGUUUUUAGGUAUCAUAUUUAUGAUUUUGGUAAGUAUCAGUCAGUAUGUUUUUAUCUAAUUUCUCGAAGAAUUUAUAUAAACAGCUUGGAAACUUGACACUACGUUCGUACUCAUCCGUACUCCAACUGCGUGCCCGUACUUCAUAUAACUCUAAUGUAAAGUUAUUAUUCUUGAAAUUGUGAUCGAGUCCACCAAAUUGUGAAAUGAUAUGAACAAUUAUUGGUAAUUUUAUGUUUGUAAUAAUGAGAGAUAAAAAAAGGUCGCUUAAAAACCUUCAGGAUGUGCUUUUGAUAGUGUUGUUUAUUUCCGUGCCCUGGAUACGGAUAUUUAAAACAUGUUUACCGUUUCCAAGAACAACUGGAAUGGUAAAUAAAAAAUGUACUGGAAUCGUCAAGUCAUCACAUAUGAAAACAAUACAUAAAUCGUCGUGAAAUAUAUUUUUAUGCAAGAAUAGUGACGAAGAAGCCCUUGGAAUAUGUUUGGGAUAUGUUGGGAUAUGUUUGUGACCUCGACCUUCGGUCUCGGUCACAAACAAUCCCACGGCCUCUGCAGACGUUAAUACACAAAAAAACGUGUAUUAUCCCUACAUUAGUGACAGCUCUUGUUCUAGGUCAAUUACCAACAUCACUGGGUCAGGUUCCAUAACUCUGACAUGUAUUUUGAGCAAAUUAUGUCCCCUUUUGGACUUAGAAAAUUCUGGUUAAAGUUUUACAUGCAAGUUAUAAUCUCCAAAACUAAUGCAGAUAUUGAAUUGAAACUUCACAUGUGUCUUCGGGGUUAUAAAACUAGUUGAUAGCAUCAAGUCCCAUAACUCUGAUAUGCAUUUUGGUCAAAUUAUGUCCCCUUUAGAACUUAAAACUCUUUUGAUAUUUAACAUUUUGGUUAAUAUUUUCCUGCUUCUGGGACAAUAUUUCAAAUAGUGGAGCUUGGCUGUCUUAACAAUAAAAUUGUUGAUAUUUUGCUGUUCAAUAUUUACAAAACACAAAGAGAAAAUAAUGCAUUUCUACAGAUGUUACAAUGUGACCUCAUCUUUUACAAGGGUCAGUGCAAUUGACCCCAGAUUGUGUGUUCAGUGAUGGUGUGCAUGUUAUGAGCGAAUGCGCCUUAUAUGCGAGAAGGGACAGAGUCACAAAGAUAUGAAUUCAUUUUCACAUAGAUUUUUAAUACUGACUUAUCACAGUUUGUUGGAAAAUUUUGUAUCUAUCACUUUGAAUGUCUUUAGUUUUUAUUUUUUGCACAAAAUCUGUUCCUUUUGCCAAAAUGUGGGGGAAAAAAAUUCUGUGAGGACAUGUAUCUUUUUUCAUGUUUUGGUAAAACUGCCACUGUCUAAACAGAACAUUGAGAGCUGAAUAAUUAUUAAGGUAGUUCUGCACAUUUGGAUAAAAAAUAUUCUACUAUGCAGAAUAUGAUAAAUAAAAUCUGUAAAAAGAUCCCUUGGAAGUGUAGAGUGCAACCAAAAAAGAAUAACAGCAGACUUGAUUUAAUUGAGUCUGUUUAUGACCUUGAUUUUUCAAAACUUCAGAAUAUCUGGAUAAAUGACGUCAAGCCAUUACUUCCGGUUUAUCAGACAUGCAGAACUACAUUAAUAAACUUUGAUCAUACUGUGAAAUCAUUAAAUUUUGCAGGCACAAUUUUUUUCAUGUUUUCACUUAAAAAGAUAUUUUGUGGGGAUAAGAAUUUUGUGUAUUUUAAAAAUUUGAACUUUAAAUGAAUAGAAGUUUUACUUUUUCAUUUGCAUUUAAUUAUUUUUGACUAGAUAUUUAAAUACAUCAAAAGUACAGCACAAAUAUUAAUGAUUUUGCAGAAAGUUAAACUAGAAUGUGAAUGUUAAUUUUUGUAAAAAUAUUUUUUAGAAAAAUAUUAUUUUUUUAUUCAUACCAGUCCUGACUAUGUUGGCAUAAUAACAUGCUCUUCUAAUGUAAACUAGACUUGAUCCGCACCAUGAGAAAACCAACAAAGUGCAUUUGCGACCAGCAUGGAUCAAGACCAGCCUGCACAUCCACGCAGUCUGGUCAUGAUACAUGCUGUCCGCUUUCAAAGCCUGUUGUAUUUAGAGAAACUGUUAGCAAACAGCAUGGAUCCUGACCAGACUGCACGGAUGUGCAAGCUGGUCUGGAUCCAUGCUGGUCGCAAAGCCAUUAUGUUGGUUUUGUCAUGGCGAGGCUCAAAUAUUGAAUUGAACUGAAUUAGAAGCUAGAUAUAAAAGUAAUGUAUCUUUGAGUAUAACAGAUUUGAAUGUUGUUGAUUUAUUCGAGUUUGAAUAACAGUUUCCAGUAUUUAUCUUAUAUAUUAAUUUUAUGCACAUUAUUUAAGUUCUUGUUAUAAACUGAUGUACAUAAACACAUAAAUGAAAAUAAAUUCAAUUUUUUUUACUUAUGGA